UUAGUAGAAAUUUAGAUGCAGAGUCAUCAAAAGUUUUACCCCCCAAAAGCAGUGCCCACAUAUGCAGAUCAACUUGGUGAGAAUUACAUGUGUAUACCAGUUGCAUCUGCUUUUGAUACUGUUUUCCCUCCAUGUGCUAAGCCAUUGCCACCCAUCCAUGGCAUCGAGUUCCAACCCUCAGAGGUUUGUCCCAAAAAUUUCAUUAUCUUCAACCAGACUGAUCACAGAAACCAGAUCAUGUUCAAUCCUGCUGUUGCAAACAAUUUAAAUGGUCCUGGAUUAAAUGGCUUAGCAAAUUACAUAGAUGGAAGGUACGUUAUAAAAGAUGUUAAUGAUGUGGAAAAAGAAACCUCGUCCUCUUUGAAAGAGGAUUCAGAUGACAUUGAUGCACUCCUCAGCUCAGAAGAGGGGGAACAAGAAGAUUAUGAUGAAGUUAGCACUGCACGGACUUAUGGCAAUUAUGAAAGUGACGCUGAUUCUCGCUCUGCCUAUGAUUCAAAACCAAGAAAGGACAACUCAUUUUCUUCUACUCUGAAAUCCUCUGGUGGUGGUGGUGGUGGUGGUGGUGGCUUUUCUGAUCCUGAAAAACGGCUGAAAAUGAAGAAAAUGGUUAAGAUGUUGAGGGGAAUUUUUCCAGGUGGUAAUGAUAUGGGUACUGUAGCAGUUCUUGAUGAAGCGGUUCUGUACCUCAAGUCUCUCAAGGUUGAAGCACAGAAGCUUGGAUUUGAGAAGUUCAUGAAUGGAGAUUAAACUCGAAUUGUGGUAAUGAUUUCCUUAUCUUCUAAAAGGCAAGUUUAUCAUGUGCUGCAUACCAUUCCUUCAGUCUCUCUCUGAUGGUUUGCAGUCCAGAGUUAAAGAAGACAGGUAUUUAGAAUUAAAGUUGUCUUUUAGUUUCCAGUUAUGCAUGUUUUAAUGGUGUGCCAGGGCACAAAUUGUUGCUUAAACUUCUGAAGCUCAUAUAUUUUUCCUUGGAAGGAGAGAAAAGUUGGGAUGGAAUUUGUCUCUGUAAUGUGGCUACUAAGUUCGUAGUUGUCAUCAUCUUUAUGGCACAACUGCUUUGAAUGUUAAUGACGUACUUUAAAAUAUUCACUAUUAGUUUCUCCUCUGCCUGAUUUUUUAUUCCACUUGCUUAUUAUUUAUUCCUCGUCGUUGCAUAAAUGUUGUAAGUACUUGUUAACUCCCUGAUGAGCACU